GAGAAAUCUGUAUGUGUGCUGUAGAGAGGCUGUACUGUGUUCAAUAAAUAUGCCCAAAGGCUAAAAGGAAGUGGAGUCACGUCUCGCGUGUCCAAGAAAGAAGGCAGCGCGACCGAGCUCAACAGGACAUUUGUCCAUCUAUUUUCUUCCGCUGUAUCUAUUUCAGGGUCGCGGGGCAGGUCACAGGGCUAACACAGGCUCACCCGUUCACACUCACUUUAGCACCUACGGGCAGUUCAGAUUCCCGGUUAACCAGCCCCGCUGCAUCUGAGUUAUUGGAAUAAUGAUAAUAAUAAACUUUCCAUGUUCUGGCAGCGUUUCUAGUCGGACAUAUUUAGGAAAACACAAGCGGAGUCACGCUCUGGGUUCACGUGGGGCGUCAUCGAGCUCGUGCAGAGGAUUUCUUGGUAGGUUCUUUCACCGGCACAGGUCAGCAGCUCUUACCGUGCAACAAACGAGCAGGACUGUUACUUGCUAUUGAAAAAGAUGCCAAAGAAAAGCAAAGCACAGGGUGUGAAGAGAGGGAGCAGUGAUCAGGGCCAGCUCCCUGUUAAACAAAGCAGAGGGGAGCAGAGGGACAGUUCAUCACCUCUGUGCUUCCAGAGCCCGGACAGCCUUUUUGAGAGUCUCAUCCGGCCAAUGGGGACAGAACAGUUCUUCACAGAGUACUGGGAGAAGAAACCUCUUCAUCUGCAGCGGGCUGAUCCUGUCACAGCCUCGUACUACCAGUCUCUGUUUCAGCUGUCUGACCUGCAAUACCUGUGUUCUCGGGGUCUUGAGUACUACAGGGACAUCAACGUCGUUUCCUGCAUCAACGGCAAGAAGAAAGUUCUGAACAAGGAGGGGCAGGUCAGGCACAGUGCUCUUACUAAGAACAUGGUUCAGAAUAAAGCCACCAUCCAGUACCACCAGCCUCAGAGGUUCAAGGAUGAGCUGUGGAGGAUUCAGGAGAAGCUGGAGUCCUUCUUCGGAGCUUUGGUGGGGUCUAACAUCUAUAUCACACCAGAGGCGUCACAAGGCCUUCCAGCUCACUAUGAUGAUGUUGAGGUGUUCAUUCUGCAGCUGGAGGGACAGAAACAUUGGCGUCUUUACAGUCCUACUGUUCCACUGGCAGCAGAGUACAGCGUGGAGUCAGAGGAGAAUAUUGGCAUCCCAACUCAUGAUAUUAUACUGAAGGCUGGAGAUCUCCUGUACUUUCCGAGGGGAACCAUCCAUCAAGCGGACACUCCAGCAGGAGUGAACUACUCCAGUCACCUAACUCUCAGCACCUACCAGAGAAUGUCAUGGGGAGAUCUGCUGCUGGACGUAUUGCCCAGCUUGCUGUGUGACCGUAGCAGGAGUGAAGUCGGCCUCAGAGAAGGAAUGCCUAGAAGACUCUUACUGGACCGCAGUGAGGGCCUGCACAUCAGCCAGCGGCUGGCUGCCGGCCUCAGGUCUCUGGCUAAUGAGAUGGAAACUGGGAUGCAGGAAUUGCGCGUCACUCACAUGAAGAGAGACUUCAUCAUGAACAGACUACCACCUUACUGCCAGCAGGAGCUGUCUUCACCAUCUGGAAAGAUUCCUGCCCUGGAGGAUGAAGUGAGUCUGAGGUUUAAAGACCACAUGGUAAUAACGGUGGAGCCCAGCCAAGACAGGAGAGAUGAUGCUACAGAGCUGGUUGUUUUUGUGUUGCACUCUCUGAAGAACCAGAGGCAGAGCCACAUGAUGGGUGAGAGCUGUGAUGAGCAGGAGGACCGCAGCAUCUCCAGGGGCUUGCAGUUCCCUCUGUCCUACCUCCAGGCCCUGCGGCAGCUUCAGCUAGCAGAGCAGCUGGUUGUUGCCCAGCUUCAACUGCCCACACAGGAGGCCAAACUCAAUCUGGUCCUCUCACUGUGGAGUGAGAACCUGCUGCGUGUGUUGUAGUUCACCACAAUAUUUCUCCUUGACUAUUAAAAACAUCCCUGAAUAAAGCUGGUAUUUAAACACAUAACUGAGGA